AAGGGGAGAGCUGAUGGAGCACUUGGGGGUGGUCAGCUGUGUGAACAACAGCCCCAUCUUCUCCCUUUGGUUGUUUGUGUCUUGGUUUAUCCAGGGACACCGGGACCUGGAGAUGUGGGGAGAUGACACAUGCCUAGCUGCUGCAGCAAGGCACAGGGCGCCUCAUGACCUGGGCGAUGUGGAUCUACCUUGUCCUGCCUGGACCCUUGGCCUGUUUUUCUAGAAAGAUGCCAAAUGGCCGUUUGCCGAACUAAUCCUUCAGCUUCAGCUGUCCGCUCGCCAUAUGUACUGUGCCCCGGGGAUCAGCGGGGUCCCUGAAGGGAUUGCACAGGGCUGGCAGCCUCCAGCACCGAGUGUGAAGGUAACCAGCACCGAUAGUUCAGGCACAGCUCAUUACCUGCGGCCUGGUGCACACGCUGUGCCGCCCGACCUCAGUUUCCCUGGGACACUCUCCUUGUCUUUGCAUCUUGUUCACCAGCAGCGCUUGCUGCAUUUAGGAGUGGAAAGAAGAAUGCUUUAAAUGCUUGGCCACUAACAGGGUGACAGGAGGAGCAGGUUCUUGAACUGCUUUAAGAGGCAGCUGGGUCUCCACCAGCUUUUCAGAGGAACUUACCCUGAAACAUCUGAGUGCAGAACUGUUCUUGUCCACCCCAAAGUGCUCCUGGAUCACAGAGGGCACCCACUACAGCACUGCGCUUUCAGGGUGGAUGAGGAGGAUGGCGUCUGCAAACAGGAGGGGAAUUAAGCUGUCUGGGCCUAAAGUCUUUACACUUGAAGACAAUCUUAGGGAUGUGCUUCAUACCACUGCAUCCAGACCAUGCAUGACUGGAGAAGUUCCCACUGCUAGAUGAAAACCAGGGAUGCAAGUCCACCACCCUGCAGCUGUAGAGGUUUUUCAGGCCCACUGCUACUGCUUGGACAAGAUCAGCUCAAGGAGAUCUGUGGCUGAUUGUGGCCUGGCUCAACAAGAACAUCUGACUGCAGUGUGCAUAGGAAAGCCUCUCACACAAGUAAGAGUUAUGGCAUGGCCUGGUCAAUGAAGUGCUACCUUAUCCCUGGUCGUUCUAGAAGCAACAUCUUCUAUUAUGAAAAUUUAGGAACUAGAUCAGAGAUAAGAGUGCUCCUCACAUAGAUCGCAUCCUUGGACUACUACCUGUUACAAGACCCAGGACAUUCACAAUGAGCAUUAGUGAAGACGACGUGGAAAAAUUUCUUGAUGGAAACCCUGCUUUUGCCAAGCAGUACUUUGAGAAGAAACUGAAAACAGAGUCCUGGGAUGACAAUGAAAGUGAAAUACUUUUUGAGUUGAUCCAAGACAUGCAAGAAAGCAUCAACAUGGAGAAAGUUGUUUUCAAGACUUUGAGAAGAAUCAGAUCCCUUAUUCAUGCUGACCGCUGUAGUCUUUUCAUGUACAGGCAGAGAAACGGCACACCUGAACUGGCAACAAGGCUUUUCAACAUCCAAGAGGGAAGCACGCUGGAGGAAUGCCUGGUCUCCCCAGACUGCGAGAUAGUCUAUCCGUUGGACAUAGGCAUUGUGGGCUACGUUGCACAAACCAAGAAAACCAUGAAUAUCAAGGAUGUAAGCGAGUGUGCCCAGUUCAGUCCAUUUGUUGAUGAGCUCACCGACUACACUACAAAAAGCAUCCUUGCAACACCGAUUUUGAACGGCAAAGAUCUAGUUGCUGUCAUUUUGGCUCUUAAUAAGCUGAACGGCCCAUACUUCACCAGCUCUGAUGAAACACUUUUCCUGAAGUACCUGAAUUUUGCAUCCUUAAACUUGAAAAUUUAUCACUUGAGUUACCUUCACAAUUGUGAGACUCGAAGAGGCCAGGUGCUGUUGUGGUCAGCUAAUAAGGUUUUUGAGGAACUGACAGAUAUUGAGAGGCAGUUCCACAAGGCUUUCUACACAGUGAGAGCGUACCUCAACUGUGACAGGUACUCAGUAGGCCUCCUGGACAUGACCAAGCAGAAGGAAUUUUUUGAUCUGUGGCCAGUCCUGCUGGGCGAAGUUCCUCCCUACUCAGGACCUCGCACUCCAGAUGGCAGAGAAAUAGUCUUUUACAAAGUCAUUGAUUAUAUAUUACAUGGAAAAGAAGACAUUAAAGUCAUCCCAAAUCCUACCCCAGAUCACUGGGCACUAGUAACUGGACUGCCAACAUAUGUGGCUGAAAGUGGAUUUAUUUGCAACAUUAUGAAUGCUGCUGCAGAUGAGAUGUUUAACUUUCAGGAAGGUCCUCUAGACGAAUCAGGAUGGACUAUCAAAAAUGUUCUCUCCAUGCCAAUAGUCAACAAAAAGGAAGAAAUUGUUGGUGUUGUCACAUUUUAUAACAGAAAAGAUGGGAAACCAUUUGAUGAACAGGAUGAGACCCUUAUGGAGUCCCUGACACAGUUUCUGGGCUGGUCCGUACUCAACACAGAUACAUAUGAUAAGAUGAACAAGCUGGAGAACCGGAAAGACAUUGCCCAGGAUAUGGUGCUCUACCACGUGAAGUGUGACAAGGAUGAAAUUCAGGAAAUUCUGCCAACACGAGAAAAGCUGGGGAAGGAGCCAAAUGAGUGUGAGGAAGAGGAGCUGGCAAGUAUCCUGAAAGAAGAACUCCCAGGGCCCACCAAGUUUGAAAUCUAUGAGUUCAGGUUCUCCGAUUUCGACUGCACCGAGCUGGAGCUGGUGAAGUGUGGCAUUCAGAUGUAUUACGAGCUUGGUGUGGUGAAGAAGUUCCAGAUCCCGCAGGAGGUUCUGGUGAGGUUUGUGUACUCUGUCAGCAAAGGCUACCGGAAGAUAACGUAUCACAACUGGCGCCAUGGCUUCAAUGUUGCACAGACCAUGUUCACGCUCCUAAUGACUGGCAAACUGAAGCGUUACUACACUGACCUAGAAGCCCUUGCAAUGGUAACUGCUGCUCUGUGCCACGAUAUCGACCACAGAGGAACCAACAACCUUUACCAGAUGAAAUCUCAAAAUCCAUUAGCUAAACUUCAUGGAUCCUCAAUUUUAGAGAGGCAUCACUUGGAAUUUGGAAAGUUUUUGCUCUCUGAAGAGUCGCUGAACAUAUGCCAGAACCUCAACCGGAGACAGCAUGAGCACAUGAUUCACCUGAUGGACAUUGCCAUUAUAGCAACAGAUCUGGCACUGUACUUCAAGAAAAGGACAAUGUUCCAGAAGAUCGUUGAUGAGUCUAAGACCUACGAUAACAUGAAUGCCUGGACUGAAUACCUGUCUCUGGAGACGACAAAGAAAGAGGUUGUCAUGGCCAUGAUGAUGACUGCUUGUGAUUUGUCAGCAAUCACUAAGCCUUGGGAAGUCCAGAGUAAGGUAGCUCUCCUGGUAGCAGCUGAGUUCUGGGAGCAAGGGGACUUAGAAAUAAGCGUCCUUCAGCAACAGCCCAUUCCCAUGAUGGACAGGAGGAAAGCCGCUGAGCUUCCAAAGCUUCAAGUGGGUUUCAUCGACUUUGUGUGCACGUUUGUCUACAAGGAAUUUUCACGCUUCCAUGAGGAAAUUCAGCCUAUGCUUGAUGGGCUGCUGAACAAUAGGAAUGAGUGGAAGACCCGUGCUGAUGAGUACGAUGCAAAAAUGAAAGCUCUGGAGGAAGAGAAGAAAAAAGAGGAAGAGAAGAUGGCUGCACAAAAAGAUGGAAUAACCUGUAACGGAGGAACAGCUCCAGCUUCAAAAACCUGCAGCAUACUUUAGAUCUAUUUCCAAUGCAAUACACAACACCCAAAAUGAGAAUGCCCGUUCUUUUUUUUUUUUUUUUUUUUUUUUUUUAAUAAUCUGGCUUACAAAUACAUUCCUGAUUGGACUGUUUUGCUACUUUAAUUAGGCUUACGACCAACCAGGGAAGGGCUAGAUCUCGUUUGCCUUAAUUGCAUCUCUUCUUGAUGGUGAGGAGCCCAUUCUGUCCUGUCCCUCUCUCCAUUUAAUGUACCCGAUGUUGUCAGAUGGCAUGUGGCAAGUCAGAGCAAUGUUUGGCCCAAUAAACGAGGUUGUAUGACUGCAGA